CCAUCAAUCCCCCUUGUCCUUGCUUAACUCCGUGCAGAAACAGAACCCUGCCGGCCGAUCCCACCGAGCAUGGCUGUGCUCCACCUGCACCUGUACCUGACGGCCUUGGGCUGCUGGGUGACACAAGUGUCCAGCUCCCUCCUGCUGCCCAACGCCACCGAGCUGCUGUCCCCGCCCGGGGGCUCGGCCGCGGGGCUGCUCUGGGCCGGGGCGGUCCCGCGGGGCCGGCGGAGGCGGCACCUCUCUGCCCACGACAUGAGCGCCAUCCUGGACUACCACAACCAAGUGAGGGCACAGGUGUUCCCCCCUGCUGCCAACAUGGAGUAUAUGGUGUGGGAUGAGCGGCUGGCCAGGGCAGCGGAGGCGUGGGCUACACGCUGCCUGUGGGACCACGGCCCCCCUGAGCUGAUGAAGUAUGUGGGACAGAACCUCUCCAUCCAAUCGGGCAGGUACCGCUCUGUCAUGGAUAUGGUGAAAUCCUGGCACCAGGAGAAGCAGCACUACUCCUUCCCCCACCCCCGGGAGUGCCACCCCCGCUGCCCGUCCAAAUGCAGUGGCUCCAUCUGCAGCCACUACACGCAGAUGGUGUGGGCAACCUCCAGCCGCCUGGGCUGUGCCCUGAACACCUGUGCCAAUGUGCAGGUGUGGGGCAGCACGUGGCGCCAUGCCAUCCUCCUCGUCUGCAACUACGCCAUCAAGGGCAACUGGCUGGGUGAAGCGCCCUACAAGGUGGGGCGGCCAUGCUCAGCCUGCCCCCCCUCCUACAGCGGGGGCUGCUCCAACAACAUGUGCUUCACCGGAGUCAAAUCCAACCAAGUCAGCUGGUUCUAGGGCUGCAGCAAGCCCAGGAGGAGCCCCAGGAAUGGAGAUGGGGUGAACAAGAAUUAUUUAUAACACUGACCCCCCAGCAGCCUGGCUGUCCAACCUGCUUCAUCCCUAAUGCCACGUAGGAAAAUGCUUUUCUAAUACACCUCUCCAGCAGUGUUGUCUGGCUGCUUCCCACUCUGCAGGAACUAGGGACAGUUCAGGUCCAUAUUUUCUGAAACACGGAUGGUUUAGGGGUGCAUGGAGGGAGUGGGGCUGGUUGGCAUGGCCCCUGCUCUGCAGACUCGGUGGGCUUUCCCCACUGCCCCCGGGUGCCAAGGCAGAGGCUAGUGGAAGGGAAAACCAAGAUGUUCACCUCGUGAUGAGCAGCUGGA